AAAGUAGGUUUUUGUUCUGUUUGGUUUUUUGAGACGGAGUUUCGCUCUUGUUGCCCAGGCUGGAGUGCAAUGGCACCAUCUCGGCUCACCGCAACCUCCGUCUCCUGGGUUCAAGCGAUUCUCCUGCCUUAGCCUCCCGAGUAGCUGGGAUUGCGGGCAUGCGUUGCGCCACCACGCCUGGCUAAUUUUGUAUUUUUAGUAGAGACGGGGUUCCUCCAUGUUGCCCAGGCUGGUCUUGAACUCCCGACCGAAAGUGAUCCGCCCGCCUCGGCCUCCCAAAAGUGCUGGGAUUACAGGCGUGAGCCACGGCGCCCGGGCGCAAACCUGCGCGCCGCCAUCGCCGUCAUGCUGGGCGCCGCUCUCCGCCGCUGCGCUGUGGCCGCAGCCACCCGGGCCGGCCCUCGAGGCCUCCUGCACUCCACCCGGACUCCCGGCCCCGCCGCGGCUAUCCAGUCAGUUCGCUGCUAUUCCCAUGGGUCACAGGAGACAGAUGAGGAGUUUGAUGCUCGCUGGGUAACAUACUUCAACAAGCCAGAUAUAGAUGCCUGGGAAUUGCGUAAAGGGAUAAACACACUUGUUACCUAUGAUAUGGUUCCAGAGCCCAAAAUCAUUGAUGCUGCUUUGCGGGCAUGCAGACGGUUAAAUGAUUUUGCUAGUACAGUUCGUAUCCUAGAGGCUGUUAAGGACAAAGCAGGACCUCAUAAGGAAAUCUACCCCUAUGUCAUCCAGGAACUUAGACCAACUUUAAAUGAACUGGGAAUCUCCACUCCGGAGGAACUGGGCCUUGACAAACUGUAAACCCCAUGGAUGGGCUUCUCCAAGGAUUUAUUGACAUUGCUACUUGAGUGUGAACAGUUACCUGGAAAUACUGAUGAUAACAUAUUACCUUAUUUGAACACGUUUUCCUUUAUUGAGUACCAAGCCAUGUAAUGGUAACUUGGACUUUAAUAAAAGGGAAAUGAGUUUGAACUGAAA